AUGCAUCUAAUUGCAAACAUUUCAGAUUUAAUUCUAAGCUUAUGGCGGGGCACGAUCAAGUGCGACACUUUGGAUGAUGUUCGUACUUGGCGUUGGGCCAUAUUUCGUGACGACGAUGCUUGGACUGAGCAUGGUGCAAUUGUUGGUGCAACAACCUACCACAUACCUGGCUCAUUUGAUCGUCCGCCUCGCAAUCCAGCAGAGAAACUCAACAUGCAGUAUAAAACUUGGGAAUUCCAGCUUUACAUUUUCGGCCUUGCACCUGCACUCUUGCAUACCAUUCUUCCACAAGACAUAUGGCUAAAUUUCUGCAAGCUCGUACGAGGGAUUCGCAUUGUCUGUCAGCACAAGGCUCAAUUGCUACUUGGCGAGUGGGAAACUGAAUUCGAGCAGUUGUAUUACCAGCGUCGUCAUGAUCGCAUUCAUUUUAUCCGACCAUGUGUACACCAGGUCAAUCAUCUCGUCCGUGAAACCAUACAAAAAGGCCCUCCAGUGUGUUAUGCACAGCGGACAAUGGAACGGACCAUUGGCAACCUUGGUCAACAAAUUCGACAGCCUUCAAACCCAUAUGCAAACCUUUCAAUGGAGGCUGUCCGACGAUGCCAAGCAAAUGCACUCAAGUCCAUACUGCCAUUCUUAGCUCCCCCUGACAAUGUUCUUCCACGUGGACAUCAAGAACUUGGCAAUGGGUAUGUUAUUAUUGAUGGGACUGUCCGCUUCGCAGAAGUCCAGUACUUCACACAGGUUGCAAUUGCUACGGAGAAUAUUGGUGAAUGGCGCGAUGCAAAUAUUGCUGUAAUCUCAGUCUUCUCCGCUCCAGAUGCUGACCUUGUUCAGCUUUCAAAUCAAACUGUGCUUUCAUGCAAAUACCUUGGCGAUGAAGGACUCUGUGUUGUUGAUGUCACCUCUAUCAAAUCUGUUGUCGCAAUGAUUCCGCACCGUCCUACUCUACCAUCUGGAGUCAUCGAGGAUCGCUUUUUUGUUCUUGAGCGUCCUGGACUCGAUAUUUAUCAAUUUGGUGUUGAGCAGGAUCAAGAAGAUGAGGUAGACCAACAGGAAAUGGAAGCUGAGGAGAGAAACUAGUUUUAUGG